GACUGGGUCUGUUUGGAUGCAAGCCACGACAGCUGGGGUCGCCCAGCCAGUUCUCUCUCCUCUGGGUGGGGACGGAGGCUCACAAGGCACGGGCGGGGAGCUUGCUGAGCUGAGCAGUGGUGACCAGGCCUUGGUGAGUCAGGAGUCUGAGGCGCUUUCUUCCCUUUUAACUGCCCCGUGUUGGUGUUUCGGCCAAACCUCCACCAGUCAGCGACCCACAGCUGUCCUCCGCCUCGAGGGGAACCUGGAAUCGUGCGCUUCUCGCUGUGCUGAGAAGUUUGACCGGGACGCCGUCUGCCAGUGUGACCGCCGGUGUCCCGUGCACGGGGACUGCUGCGACGACUACGAGCAGCUGUGCGCAGUAGAAGAGGACCCUGCGGAGCCAGCGUCCUCCCCGGAGGUGGAGGAAGAGCCCCCGACCCGAAGCCUGUACGCGGCACCCAGCUCGUGCCGGGGCCGCUGCCGCGAAGCCUUCGACCGACACGACGCCUGCCACUGCAACGACCGCUGCCGCGAGUUCGGGAACUGCUGCGUGGAUUUCGAGAGCCUGUGUGGUGAGCAGGGCGGCUUCUCCCACAGCAGCGACACCAUCACAAAAGAGGAGCUUCAGAGCAUCUCUGAGAAGAUCUACGCGGUGGACACCAACAAAGCCCGGAAGGAAGACAUCAUCCUCAACCCGCAAAACUGCAUCCCUCCCUCGGAGACCAGGGACCGAGUGGACCGCUGCCCGGAGCUGCUCUUCACCUAUGUCAACGAGAAGCUGUUCUCCAAGCCCACUUACGCAGCCUUCAUCAAGCUGCUCAACAACUACCAGCGGGCCACGGGCCACAGCGAGCGCCUCGGCGCCCAGGAGCUGGCCGAGCAGGAUGCCUUCCUCGGAGAGAUCAUGAAGACCGCCGUGAUGAAGGAGCUCUACGGCUUCCUGCAUCACCAGAACCGCUACAGCUCUGAGCCAGAGUUUGUUGAUGACUUGAAGAACAUGUGGUUUGGACUCUACUCAAGAGGCAGCGAACAGGGGGACUCGAGCGGCUUUGAGCAUGUCUUCUCAGGUGAAGUCAAAAAGGGCAAGGUCACCGGCUUCCAUAACUGGAUCCGCUUCUAUCUGCAGGAGAAGGAGGGCCUGGUAGACUACUACAGCCACAUCUAUGACGGGCCUUGGGACUCCUACCCCGACGUGUUAGCGAUGCAGUUCAGCUGGGACGGCUAUUACAAGGAAGUGGGCUCAGCCUUCAUCGGCAGCAGUCCUGAGUUCGAGUUUGCGCUCUACUCCCUGUGCUUCAUCGCCAGGCCAGGCAGAACGUGCCAGUUAAGCCUGGGUGGCUACCCCUUGUCCAUCCAGACCUACGCCUGGGACAAGACCACCUACGGAAACGGCAGGAAGUACAUUGCCACGGCCUACAUCGUGUCCUCCACCCAAUAGAGCUUUGAGCCAGAGAGGGGCGCGCGGGCGUGUGCGCUCCUGCGGGACUGAGGUCCCCCUGCUCUGGUCUGGAGAGAGGGAAGUGGGGAGACUGAGAGGGAAUCCCCAGUCCCAAAUCAAUGAAAGGGAUUUCCAAGGCCGAAAAUGCUCACAUGGGCAAAAGAAGAGAUACAAAUUAGGAAAAUGCAGGGAAACAAGCAAACUCCUGCCCUCCGGUAUUUUAGCAGCAUGGAGUAAGAAUCAGAGUCCAGACAGAAGGUGGGAGCCCUUGGGAGCUGUUUGCACUCAUGACCUCACUGGGCCUGCGCUUCCCCUCAGCGUAGAGGGAGGGGGUCUUCCCUCUCUCCUCGUGGGGCUGGGGAGAGGGCAGACCUGAUGUUCUCACCGUGAAAGUGUUGCCGGUCGUUCUUGGGAAGAAAGACUGAUACAGACUCAAGGUUACUCUAAGGGCUGUAACUGCGCACAGCUCUGCAGGUCAGCCCUGGGUCAGGGCCUCAAAGACGUCAGGCCACAGAAGCCGAGAGUGGACCUCCGGUCUCUCCUCGAGUUAGGUCCUCUAACUGGGAGGACUGCACCACAGCUGGCAGCGGGGCGGCGGCAGGGGCAGUGAGUGGGCGGGGCAGGGUGGCCUCCUCCAGGCCCCGAGUCUUUCUGUGGCCAGUUUAGGGUCUGUGUCCAGAAGCUUCCAACUUGUAAUUAGGAUAAAGACGUGUGUUUUGAUCUCAAGUAGCUUUUGAAAGAAUUCCCCUUAUGAGAAGAAGGUUUAGCCUCAGAAGCAGAAAGGAACCUAUAGCUUGGUGUCCAUGAAGGUCAUAUAUAUUAAGGCUUAUCCAGCUGCCGUAACGGACUCACUCUAGGAUUCACUCGGGGAUCCUGUCCCAACCUCAAUGGUGCAUUUUUCCUCUGAGCCCCACUGGGCACCAGAUGCUGCUCCGCAGAGCCAGGCCUGCCCCUUAGAGGGCUGGGUCUCCAAUUAAAGCCUUGUAAGGAAACU